UCUCCAGCUUGGAUACGUUCUCGUGCAACAUUUUGGCCAGGUCUGUGGGCUAUAAAAGCAUUUGUGCCUUAGACAGCGGCAUUAUUCAACAUUGUGUUCUUGCAACGAGUUCAACUUGCACUAAAAAACCCAAAAUGUUCAACUACUUUGUUUUUGCCGCCUUCUGCCUGGCCAGUGCUGCUGCUGCUCCGGGUUAUUUGGGCGGACUAUCUGCUCCGGCCUUGCCACUGGCUGCAGCUGCUCCGGCCAUCUCCUAUGGACACGCCUUGGCAGGUCCUUCGAUCGCCUCCUAUGGCUUGGCCCCCAGGAUUAGCUAUGCCUCCCCAGCUUUGGCGCAUGCUCCGUUGGCUGCUCCGGCCAUUUCGACCUACGGAUUGGGAUAUGGCCAUGGUCCCAUUGGCCUCACCCACGGUUCCUUGGGCCUGGCUCAUGCUCCUUUGAGCCUGGCUCAUGGUUCCCUGGGUCUGGCUCAUGGAUCCUUGGGCCUGGCUCAUGCUCCUUUGGCUGCUCCCUUGGGACUGGGCUACAAGUCGGCCUAUCCAGCUCUGGCUGCUCCUGCCUACGGACUUUCCCAUGGUUGGUAGAGGGACUCCAUCCCUUACAGCAUCGUUUUCUGCAUGGCUUUCGUUUCGCUUGGAUCGGAGAGAGAGAAGAAGGAAGAAUACACAGAGAGAAAAUAAGAGAGAGAGAGAGAGAGAGAAAGAAAUUAGUGAAGGUUUUGUAAAACUCAAAUUAUAAAAAACUGAUCGGAAGAAGUGAGUUUGAUGCUGAAAUAUAUUUCGUUUGA